GAAAAGUAAACAGCAAAAAGGGUUUUAAGUCUUCUUCUUCUUCUCCUAACCGUAUCGGGCGUUCGCUGAGGUUUAUCGACUGAGUCCCCUCUUGUCCGACGCACUUCAUCAGGAGUAGAGAAAAAAAUGCAAGCUUGUUGUGGAGGUACUUCAAUGGGGUCUAUUCAGCAACCUGGACGGGUUCAAGGACCUGUCUUUGCCCCAGUUAUGUCUCCGGUGACCAAAUUUUCUCAGCAACUGAAGUUCAAUUUUCCAAGACCUUGCCGUUCUUCUUUUGCUGAAAGAAGCUUGAGAGCGGCUUCAAUGUCGGCACUUAAUGCCGAGAUGAGCAGCAAAGAAAUCCUUUUUGAGGACUAUGGUCUUAAUGAAGUUGAUCCAGAAGUCCAAAAGAUUGUCACAAAAGAGAAAGAUAGACAAUUCAGGAGCUUGGAGCUCAUUGCAUCCGAGAAUUUCACGUCCCGAGCAGUUAUGGAGGCUGUUGGAUCAUGCCUUACCAACAAGUAUUCCGAAGGACUGCCUGGUAAAAGGUAUUAUGGUGGCAAUGAGUACAUCGACCAGUUGGAGACACUUUGCCAGAAGCGAGCUUUAGCAGCCUUCCGCUUAGAUUCUACGAAAUGGGGGGUUAAUGUUCAGCCCUUAUCUGGUUCACCUGCAAACUUUGCUGUGUACACCGCCAUACUUAGCCCUCAUGAUCGAAUCAUGGGUUUGGAUUUACCUCAUGGUGGUCAUCUGUCACAUGGGUUCAUGACUCCCAAAAGGCGUGUAUCUGGAACUUCAAUAUACUUUGAGUCCAUGCCUUAUCGACUUGAUGAAUCAACAGGGAUUGUGGACUAUGAUAUGCUCGAGAAAACUGCUGCACUUUUCCGACCAAAGCUUUUAAUUGCAGGAGCUAGUGCGUACAGCCGAGAUUUUGACUAUCCUCGCAUGAGGAAGAUUGCAGACUCAGUUGGUGCUUUUCUGAUGAUGGAUAUGGCUCAUAUCAGUGGGCUUGUGGCUGCUUCUGUGGUAGCCGAUCCUUUUGAGUAUUGUGAUAUUGUUACAACAACCACUCACAAGUCUUUGAGAGGUCCGAGAGGUGGCAUGAUCUUCUUCAGGAAGGAUCCAGUUAAUGGGGUUGAACUUGAAUCUGCCGUUAACAAUGCUGUCUUCCCUGGUUUGCAGGGUGGCCCUCAUAACCACACAAUUGGAGGAUUAGCAGUCUGCUUGAAACAUGCACAGUCGCCGGAAUUCAAGGCUUACCAGAAAAGAGUUGUGUCUAACUGUAGGGCUCUAGCUAACCGACUGGUUGAACUCGGGUUUAAGCUGGUUUCUGGUGGCAGCGACAAUCACCUGGUUCUUGUUGAUCUAAGACCAUUGGGCAUGGAUGGUGCUCGGGUUGAGAAAAUCUUAGACAUGGCAUCGAUUACCCUCAACAAGAACUCUGUCCCAGGUGAUAAGAGUGCGUUGGUUCCAGGAGGAAUAAGGAUAGGAUCGCCUGCGAUGACGACAAGAGGGCUCUCAGAGAAAGACUUUGAGGCGGUUGCUGAUUUCAUCAAGGAAGGUGUGGAGAUAACGAUCGAAGCCAAGAAGUUGGUGACGGGAUCAAAGCUUCAAGAAUUCACCAAGUUUGUGACUUCUCCUGAUUUCCCACUGAAAGGGAGAGUGGAGAGUCUUAAGGAUAGAGUCGAAUCCUUCACCUCCCGUUUUCCCAUUCCAGGCGUUUAAUUUUUAUAUAAAAAAACACAUAUAAGUCGUGUUGUUGUAUCUUUUCAUUAUUAUUAUCAGCAUCGUUGCUGGCUUGUCCCAAGUUUCAACGCUGUUAUUUAUAUCUUUAGCAAAUCCAUAAUAGUGAAAAAACAAAAUUUAAAAUAAAGUUAAACCAGAGAUUUUCCC